GUUUACUCGCAGUGAGUUUCCCGUUUCCGUAUGCAGUGGUUGGUUGGAUUGGGUUGGGGGUUGAUUCCGGUGAGCUUUAUCGAGGAAAUGGCGCCAAUUGCGGUGGCAAGUCGUUGGCUGCCGCUCUUCCGCCUUCCAAUUGUUUGGUGUUCAUCACCGGCUGGCGGUCUCCGUUCUCGCAAUGGCUUCUUGCGGCCUCGCUACUCUACCGCCAGCCUCCCACUUGUGCUGUCCGGUUCGGAAGUGGGAACCCUUGAGGUCCGCCAUAAAUCGAGGAUGUUGAAGAAGAAAAUAGAGUUUCUCGGGAUUAAGACUGACGAUUCCUGUGUGGCUGGGUUGUUCACUCACUUGCUUUGCCCCAAGUGCAAAGGUGGCAAGUCAAUGGAGAGCUGCUUAUCUUUCCACAUUAUCCAAGAUGGGGAGUUUGCUAUGUGGAGGUGUUUUCGUCCUAGUUGUGGAUGGGCAGGGCAGGCCUUUGCCAAUCACAGGGAAACAAUGGAAGGAAUGAAUUUGAUGCUUAAAGUUGAAUCAUCCGACAAGUUGACAGCUGAGGGCAUAGGAUUAGAACCGUUAGGAGAUAAGUUGGUUCUUUACUUCAAUGAGAGAAGGAUUUCUGAAGGAACUCUGCGGAGGAAUGCAGUUAUGCAGACAUCUCAGGCUGUCAUUGCUUUUACUUACAGAAAAGGUGGAGAGCUUGUUGGCUGCAAGUACCGUACCAUAGACAAAAGGUUUUGGCAGGAGAGUGGGACAGAGAAGUGGUUAUAUGGACUUGAUGACAUAACUGAAGCCACUGAAAUCAUUAUAGUGGAAGGGGAAAUCGAUAAACUUUCAUUAGAGGAAGCUGGUUUCCGUAAUUGCGUGAGUGUUCCGGCAGGUGCACCAAUAACAGUGUCAUCCAAAGAUUUACCUUCAGCAGAAAAGGAUAGAGCAUUUCAGUACAUAUGGAACUGCAAAGAGUACUUGGAUAAAUUUUCACGCAUUAUCCUGGCUACUGAUGGUGACUCAUCUGGACAAGCAUUGGCAGAAGAGCUAGCACGUCGGUUGGGAAAAGAAAGAUGUUGGCUUGUACGUUGGCCCAGAAACGGUGACUCUGAUGUCUUCAAAGAUGCCAAUGAGGUUCUCAGAUGCUUGGGGCCUCAAGCUUUGAGAGAAGCAAUUGAAACUGCAGAUACAUAUCAUACUGAUACGCUGGGUUAAGGUAUGGAGUUAACUGUUUGAAUCUAAUACCUUACUGUUACAGCUAGUUCUAUUGAGACUGAUUGAGUAAUUUUGGUUGGUCUCUGUAAGUUCCAUGAUAAGAACAAGAUGGUUUCCCUUCCCUUUGCUGGUUGGGGCAACAUUAGCGUGCUUCACCAUCUCUUCGAAAUACCAACACGGAGAGAUGGGGGGAAUACCAACACGGAGAGAUGGGGGGAUGACUGGAGAGAGGCAUUACUGUAUAUCACCCCUGGUUUUUGUCAACGGGUUCGAGCAGCAUCUUGCUUUGCUGUGUCAGUCAGUCAUCUAACGGCUUCAGCUUUGGUCUAUUCCACACGACAGAAGUACCGGUCCGUAUUCAUGUAACAAUUCGAGCAAGAAUGCUUGAGCUCUUGGGGAAUUCUGGCAGAAUUCGAAAACCCAGGUUGAACUGUAACUCCUGUUUUAGCAUGUCUCUUGUGUAAAUGAACAUCUGUCUUGUUGAGUAGGGCAUUCUUAUGCCUUAUGGAACUCUAGACAGUUGGUUAACUCGUGCGUGAUUGAUUGUCGUUAAGACACUUAAAUUUGAAUGAACUGAAUCUAAAUUCAGAAGGAUGCAAAACCACGAAAGAAACUUUGGAAGCGGAG